UGCUGAAAUCGUAAGCAGAUGAAUCCCAGACCUACUCAGCCGCUAUAUGUUAUUGGUCUCCGCUCAAUGUUGAUGUAUCUCCGCGAGUACUGUGAGAUCGAGGACCUAGGGCUCGACAGGGACGACGGCACUGGUGUCGAGACGAUUCUCUCGGAGACCAUCCACUGGCGUGGUCAUAACCGCCAUUACGAUUUUGCACCCUUUAUGCCAUGGCAGGCCGAGACGCUGUAAGUCUAUGCCGUU